UAUAAGAUUUGAUUGUGAAUAUCGGCCUUUUAAAUUCUUGCCGGAUUAGAUAAAGAUCAAUUGCAACGAUAAGAUACUUUUUAGAUACUUCGCUUGCCGAGCACAACACUGGCUCGACGUGUUAUAUAGUUGCUGAUGAAUAUUUAUUUAUUGUUUUUUACGUUUUCGAGAUUAUUCUUUGUGUUAUUUUGUACAUAGUCUGUCCGCUCAGUAGAUCGCACGUAUCAGUCCGACGGUGUUCGUGGUGGAGUUAAUUUCACUGUUUUUUCGCAUGUAAUUGAAAAAACAAAACAAUCCGACAAUGGCAUUAUCGAGAAUCACUACCUUGGAUACGCUCGGCGCUUUGACUCGUGUCUCACGCACAACCAUUUUGGACAUUCAGCAUGCAACUCCAGCAGCAUCUCAUUGGAAACAUCAGACACUGCACAUGACAUGUACUCGUCAUUAUCCAGAUCCCCCAACACUCACUUUACCAAGCAAUGUGUGCAACAUCUUUGCCAAUGAGACCGGUCGUUUUACACCAGAGCGUGCACGUGACAUUGCUCUGUAUUCUGAGAAUGGUGGCAAUGCAGUGUGUCCAGGAAAAUCUUCAGGUUUUCCCAAGAUUCAAGACAACGGUCACGUAGACUCAUACGACUGCUUUGGCGCAGUCAGUCUCAACGGUACGAUGCAAAGCAAUGUGCCUAAGCCGUUUUCCUCAAGUGGCAAGUCAAUGCAUCUCAACAUGCCUGGUGGACAGUGGUCUCGCGACGGAAAAUACAUCGCUGAGGAUAUGCAGCGCUCGCAUUAUCGCAAAUUGUCGUGUAAGGCAACUAACACUUUAACGAGCACGCUUUUACAAGUGACAUAUCAGCCAAUCCAUAUCACUGAAAUGAGUUACUCCACCAAUGCUUCUGAGGCACAAAAGGAUGCUGAAAAAGGUCAGUUGACGCCGCAGAAGAUAGCAAUGAUGUCGAAACGAGACAGAUUUCGUCUGAUGUUGAGGGAUUAUGGAGCCACUCUCUUCGUCUUUCAUAUCACUAUCUCUCUGAUAUGCCUUGGUAGCUGUUAUGUGGUGGUUAUUAGCGGAGUCGAUGUGAUGCCGUUUGUGCAAAAGAUAACAGGUGGAAAUGAAGACUUCGACAAAAUAAUGAAAACUUCAACGGACUUCAUAUUAGCAUACACUAUUCAUAAAUUACUCGCACCCGUCCGUAUAUCGAUAACGUUGGGCGUGACCCCAAUACUCGUAAGAUAUUUGAGAAGGAUUGGCUUGCUCAAGAAACCAAAAGCAAAAUCGUCAUCUCCAUCUUCGCAAGUCUAAUUUACGUCCAAUACGACGGAGCUCCUGCGCAUUUUUCUCAACAAGCUCGCAACAUAUUAAACGCGCGUUUUCCGGAAAGAUGGAUGGGUCGUGCUGGUCCAAUCAACUGGCUGCCACAGUCGCCAAAUUUAAAUGUUUUAGAUUUUUUUGUAUGGGGUUACAUUAAAAAUCUAGUAAAAUAUCGGCGUGUUUUGACGCCGUCUUGAGAGUCCCUCUCUCCCCGGGGUGUUCGCUCGUGUGUUAUGCCGACGACAUCCUGGUAUUGUCAGGUGGACACCAUGAACAAGAGACGGCGGAGCGAGCCUCUUUAGCGGUGUCAGCGGUGGGACGUCGCAUGGAGUCGCUGGGCCUAGCCCUUGCACCGGCGAAAACGGAAGCGUGUUCCAUCUUCCUCGGCGAAAAGGAGGUCCUGUGACCGUCCGGGUUGGGCCAACCAGGGUUAGUACCCAGCCCGUCGUGAAGUACCAGGGGUUGCAGGUUGACGAGAAGUGGAAUUUCCGGGCCCACUUUGAGUACGUGGCAAACAAACUCAGAAGAGAUUGGUGGGACGGAUACGAACAACACAAGUGCGUCAUCAUCGACGACUUCUACGGCUGAAUUAAAUACGACGAACUAAAAAAAAAACUAAAGAUAACCGACCGCUACCCAUACAAAGUACCCAUAAAAGGAGGGUACGAAAAAUCCAAAGCAACACAUAUUUGGAUAACCUCAAACGUCGACACAAUUUUAUUGUACAAAUUCAAAAAUUAUACUCCUGACGCAUUUGAACGUCGCAUUAUAAUAAAAGAAUUCAUGCAGUAACAUGCUCCGCAUUCUCCUUAUCACCCACAGCUUCCUCUCCUACUUCCUCCAACAGUCCGGGUAACGGAUAGGCCCGGAGAAUAGCGGGGGCACUAGCAGUCAAUUUUUUCACUUCUAGAUAAGUUUUCGAUAACUUUAUCUAGAAGAUAUCUCCCAAAAUUGGUUCUCUUUAUUGGUUCUCUUUAUUGGUUCUCAGAGGAAUUUAUCCGGAGUAUAGCUAUCGAGAGAUAUGAAGAAAUCGGCCGUAAGCCGACUUCUCCCCAAUCUCGGGGGACCCAGGCAAAGCAUGCGGAAGCUGUACGCCAAUGUCGUACACUCCGUAAUAAUGUACGGGGCCCCGAUAUGGUACCGGGAGGUUAAGGUGGGUCGCGCGGCUGCUCCGCUAGCGUCUGUCCAAAGUCUUGUGGGAAGUAGAGUGGUGCGAGCCUACCGCACGGCGGCCCUGGAAGCUGUCCGCGUGCUGGCGCACAUUCCGCCAGUAGACCUUAUGGCAGCCCAAUACGCGGAAGUGUACGUCGCUAGGCAGAGAGCGAUGACUCAGGCGCGCGCAAACAACCGGAACAUAAACCCGGAGGAGGUUCGGCAAGCUCGCAUUCGCGCCUGGGACAAGAUGGUACGGCGGUGGCGCCGCCGGCUGAAGGACCCGAGCCUUUAUGGCCGAAGAGUUAGGGAAGCAGUGGGUCCGGUCCUUAAAACCUGGAUAGAGUGCCCGCACAUCUGGAUGACUUAACCCAGAUUGUGACAAAAGUACAGGGCGCCAAAGAAGACGCAGAACGGCUUCGCCAGGGCCAGCCGGUAGCUAGAAGGCGGGUCAGCGGAAAACUCUCUGCGUAAGAGGAACUUCAAGGUUCGCAGUCCGGGAAAGUGAGGGCUUUCUCGGACAUUGCACGCGAACAUAGGAGUCGGCAGAAAAGGAUAGGCUCCUUUCUGCCGCAGGGGAUGAGGUGCUGCGUAGCACUCAGGCGCGGGAGGAGGAUCGGGAUGUUUUAUAGCCCUCUAGUUUUCCAGGCCCCUUCCCCAACGCACACGAGAAGCCUCAAGGGGCUUUAGUGGGUACGCCUUUUUGGCAAGUCCCACAUAACCUUGGCCUGCCCUUACAGGUCAGGGUAUCCAUAAAGGAUUUCCCCUUGUAAAAAAAAAAGUAGAAUAUCGGUGUGAUAGUACAGAAAUUGAAGUACGUGAAGCUAUUGUCGUGGCCUUCGAUACCAUUACGCCGGAAAUGGCACACAGUGCAACGCGCGACAUUGUUCGAAGAGCCGAACUUUGUCUACGAGAAGAAGGACGACACUUUGAACAGUAAAUGAAAUAAAAAUUCUUGAAUUAAAUAAUGAGAGUGGAGUAGGCCUCCCGGGGAAACCACUAAAACAAAAACGCACCGUGCUAUUUACCGCAAGG